CGUCGCCGGAGGCUGAGGUGGCAGCGGGCCUGCCAGCAUGGAGCUGCCGCAGAUGCCGGAGCUGAUGGGCCUGUCGCUGCUGCUCGGGCUGCUGGCCCUGAUGGCGACGGCGGCGGUAGCGCGGGGGUGGCUGCGCGCGGAGGAGGAGACGUGCAGCCGGUCCGCCGGCCAAAAAGCGAAUGGAUUGCCACUUGACAAGUCCUUGAGAUCCAAGAAGCAGAAGCAGCAUCAACGAAUUCGCAAGGAGAAGCCUCAACAGCACAACUUCUCGCACCGCCUCCUGGCCGGGGCAUUGAAGAGCCACAGUGGGAACAUAUCUUGCAUGGACUUUAGCAGCAAUGGCAAGUACCUGGCCACCUGCGCGGACGAUCGCACCGUCCGCAUCUGGAGCACCAAGGACUUCCUGCAGCGGGAGCAUCGCAGCAUGAGAGCCAACGUGGAGCUGGACCACGCCACCCUGGUGCGCUUCAGCCCCGACUGCAGAGCCUUCAUCGUCUGGCUGGCCAACGGAGACACCCUUCGCGUCUUCAAGAUGACCAAGCGAGAGGAUGGAGGCUACACCUUCACAGCCAACCCGGAAGACUUUCCUAAAAAGCACAAGGCACCCGUCAUCAACAUUGGCAUCGCGGACACAGGGAAGUUCAUCAUGACUGCUUCCAGUGACACGACUAUCCUCAUCUGGAAUCUGAAAGGUCACGUGCUGUCGACCAUCAACACCAACCAGAUGAACAACACGCAUGCUGCUAUCUCCCCCUGUAGCAGGUUCGUGGCCUCCUGUGGCUUCACCCCAGAUGUAAAAGUCUGGGAAGUGUGCUUUGGGAAGAAAAGCGACUUCCAGGAGGUCGUGCGAGCCUUCGAACUGAAGGGCCACUCCGCGGCCGUCCACUUCUUCGCUUUCUCCAACGACUCCCGCCGGAUGGCCUCGGUCUCCAAGGAUGGUACGUGGAAACUGUGGGACACAGACGUGGAGUACAAGAAGCAGCAGGAUCCCUACUUGCUGAGGACAGGCUGCUUUGAAGCUGCGAGCACCACGCCGUGCCGCCUGGCACUCUCCCCAGAUGCCCAGGUCUUGGCCUUGGCCAGUGGCAGCAGUAUUCAUCUCUACAACACCCGGCGGGGUGAGAAGGAGGAGAGCUUUGAGCAGGUCCAUGGGGAGUGUAUCACUGACUUGUCCUUUGACAUCACUGGCCGGCUUCUGGCCUCCUGUGGGGACCGGGCAGUGCGGCUUUUCCACAACACCCCCGGCCACCGGGCAGUGGUGGAGGAAAUGCAGGGCCUCCUGAAGCGGGCCUCCAACGAGAGCACCCGCCAGAGGCUGCAGCAGCAGCUGACCCAGGCCCAGGAGGCUCUGAGAAGCCUGGGCGCCUUGAAGAAAUGACUCUGGGAGGGUCUGGCAGGAAAGAUCGGGCAUGCUGCUGCCGCCGCGGCUGCCCUUUCUUCGCGGGGACUCCCCAGCUGGGAACCUUUUGAAAGGAGUAUUCUGAUUUUCUCAGUGGCGGCUCCUCUCUCCCUUUUCCCCAUUGAAACUAUUCUUGCCUACUUUGAUCUCUCUCUCUCUUCUUGCCGGUUGUGACUCCUGGCCUUACAUGACCUCCCAGACUAAUGACCAAGGUGCUUCUCUUUCUCCUGGGCCCGAGGGAGGGACUCUGUCUUCACCAGGCACAGAGGGAAGGAGUAAAUUGGAGAGAGAGAGAGAGGACAUGACCUUGACCUUGUGGCAUCACACCCUGGUACCCAAAGGAGUUUGUUAUUGUGGAGGCAAAACCUAGGGGACACCUGAGUACUAACCAGCGGUCUUGGCAGGGCUGGGAGCCUGGGGUAUUUUCCUCUGUGCUGUGGUGUCAAGGAAGGGCUAGUCUUAAUCCGGGCGAAGCUCCUACCUCCAUUGAAGGGGAAUUAAGGGAUUCCAUUCUGUGCCUCAGUUUUUUUAUUUGUAAAAUGGACGUUAGAUUUUCUCUCGACCUACUUAUUACAGAGGUGUUGUGAAGGUAUGCACGUAUAAAGUCCCUCGAUGUGGGAAAGAGUACUAAUAUGUGUUGCCUGUCAGCCACUUACUAACAACCAGGUAAAAGUGGGACUCAGUGGAGUUUGAAACUAAAUGAAAGGAAAGAAAUACAUUCCCUUGGGAAGGCGAAGUUUCUGGAACUUGAUCAUAUGUGUUGUAUCUGGUUCUGCUUUAAGUCGGGUAGAGGAAUCAUAGGAUUCUAGGAUUGGACUCUUCUCUUCAAGGUUACAUCCUGUUUUCAGUUUGUCCUGUAUUUCAGUGUCCGCUCUGUGUCCAGCACAGCACUAGGCACUGGAGAUAAAAACGAACAGGAUAUGAUUACUGCCGUCAGGCAUGGCUAAUGGGAGAGGGGGCAUGUGGCUAUCAAGCGCUUUCUGCUAGUUAAUUCAUAGCUGUGGACGGCUGCUGGGAAAGUCAAGGCGAGAGAGGACUGAAUCGGGACUCAGGCAAUGGAUCUGAAGUUGAAGUUGGUAAAAGAUGCCGCAUUUCGAAGUUCAAAUGUUUUGGGUUUGAGACUAUUUCGGUGUGGGAGAAGGAACACGAGGAUCCAGAAGCCUUGAAUCUUGGCAAAAUGCAUUCAUCUGAAAUCACGUUCUUGCUCUCUCUUUCCCUAAAACCGAGGCCUCCCCAAAUAUCCUAAAUAUUUGAACGAGGCAUAACCUUGGAGUUAUCCUUGAUGACGGACUCUCUUUUUCAUGAAUCCCUCCUGCCUACCCUCACUCCUACCAUUCCACUCCAUCAGCAAAUUCUUUUGGUUGGACUCGAGAUGAUAUCCUGAAUCUGUUUCUCUCCAUCUUUUCUGUUAUCAUCCUGGCCCUAACCGCUGUCACCUACUGGACUGUGAUAAGGUUGCUUCCUCACGGGUCUCACUGCUUCCUCCCUUGCCUCGUUAAGUCACUCUCUACGUAGCAGAGUGAUUUUUGAAAAUGUAAACCAGAGCACAUUGUUCCCAAGCCUUCCAGAGGCUUCCCAUCGCACUCGGAAUAAAAUCCAAAAUUCUCGUCAUGGCCUACAAGGUCCUAUGUAAUCUGGCUUCUUCCUUCCUCUGUGAUCUCGUUACCACUCUGCCAGCCACCCCAACCUUGCUCUUACAGAUUUGGCCAAGCCAAGUUCUGUCCCAAGAAGCUGUGCCCUCUGCUUGGAAGCCUUUUUCUUUGCUGUUGGCCGGCUUAACAGGCUUGUCGUAAUUCAGUCCUCCGUCCAGUUACACUUGACAGAGAACCCUCCCUGACCACCCAGUCUGAAGUAGCCCUUUCCACCAAUCACUUCUCACCUGUCACAGUAGCUUACUUGAUUUGUGUUUUGUGUUUACCUAAGGCCGUCUUGAAAUUAUCUUGUGUGGAUACUUGUUUGCUCCUGGGGCUGAAUACUUAGGAAGGUCAAGUGGAAAACGCAGAUGCAGGCAUGGGGUCACACCGGCCCGGGUGCAAGACGGUGGGAAAUGGGGGGAAACUGAAGUGAUCUCCGGAGGGCCCGUGUCCAAGGUGAGGGAGGAGAAGGGCGGCUGCUACUUAUUACUCGGGAAUCCAGCAGAAGCUGCUUGUUUGAGAGAAGCUAGAAGCUGGCGAUUUAUUGGAAAAAGGCAAAAAUUAAACACUAUGCGGACCAAACAGGACACUAAUGUGGGCCAGAUGCAGUCCACCAGUCUCUCAUUGGGAGCUUCUGGAUUGUUCCAUUAAGCUCCGGAAAUGUGAGCUCCACAAGGGCAGAUCUUUGUCCUUUUUAUUUGCUCUGUAUCCCAAGCACUAUACCAGGGACAGAGUGAGCACUCAAUAAAUAUUGAAGUCAAGCUGUGGGGCCGGUUAGCAGACAUUUCGAUGCCCUCUGUGUGCACUGUCCCUCUCAAUGUCCUUUGUGGUUUUAUACUCCUGAUAACAGACUCCUGGUUUAUAAUGCUAUGUACAUGGGUCCUGGUGAAUAUUUGCUUUCAGGGUGUCAGAAGAACGAGGCUAAAACACUUCUUUGCACAUCUGUCUGGUUCUGGCUUGACUCUCACUCUGUGUCCAGGAGGCAAGUGAGCAUAGUAUGUUGAGUUACUGAAGUCAGAUGUCUUUGGCUCCAGGUUCGGCCGGGUCGCUGACUGACCUGAAACCUUGAGCAGACGGAUCAUAGGGCCGCUCUCUGAGUUUGUUUCCUCAUCUGUAAAAUGGGAAUGAAGCCUGUCCUGAGGGUUUUGUAGGGCCGUGAGUGUCUCAUGAGACAAGUGAAGCAGAAAAAGCCUCGGGACUUCCUGAGGACACCUCUCCUCUCACAGUGUCACUAAUGUCAAGGCCGCUUCUCUUGUCAGCAUGGAAGAAGGUAUCUGGACAUGAACACAGAGCAGAGGCCGCUGUGUGUUUCUGAUGAAAACUCUGUGUGUGAAGGCAGCAUUAAUAUUUUAGUAUUACUAUCUCAACUUCUGUGGGUUUGCAAUUUUUCAAAAUAAAAAGCCGGGAAUAUAUUUUA